UCAGGAGCAUGGCGGACGGUCCAGAGGCGGAUGUUGACGAGCCGCCCAGUAUCAACUUCCCUCCGCUCAUCACUGUGUCUGAUCUGCCCAGUGCCACUGCUGCAGGCCGUAACCUUAAGGAAUGGCUCCAGGAGCAGUUCUGCGACAAACCUCUGGAGCAGGAUGACAUGCAGCUGCACAACGCAGCCUACGUCGGAGAUCUGGAAACCCUGAGGAACCUUCUGCAGGAAGACAGCUUCAGACGGCGUAUCAAUGAGAAGUCUGUUUGGUGUUGUGGCUGUCUGCCCUGCACCCCUCUGAGGAUCGCAGCCACAGCAGGACACGCUGCCAGCCUGGCCUAUCUGAUCGCCCAGGGAGCCGAGGUGGACCUAGUGGAUGUAAAAGGUCAAACCGCCCUGUACGUAGCCGUGGUGAACGGUCACCUGGACUGUGUCAGGAUCCUCCUCGAAGCCCGAGCCGAUCCCAACGGAAGUCGGCACCACCGCAGCACGCCGCUGUACCACGCUGCGCGGGUAGGAAGGCUGGACAUACUGCAGGAGCUCAUCAGGUUCAAGGCUGAUGUAGACAUCGACCACCAGCUGGGUCCCCGGCUCCUCUUAAGUGCUCACACCCUCAACACUCUGGUGGCGUGUCCUCUCUACAUCAGCGCUGCCUACCACCACCUCCACUGUUUCCGGUUGCUGCUUCAGGCCGGCGCUCAGCCUGAUUUCAACUACACGGGGCCCGUCUGCCAAGAGGCUCUGACCCGUGGCCUUGCCUCCUGCCUGCUGGACGCUGUACUGCGACACGGAUGCGAGGUGGACUUCAUCCACCUGCUGCUGGACCACGGGGCCAACCCGGCCUUUGUGCCCUGGGAGGGCUUAGAGCUGGAGGCUCCUAAUCGGAGGAAGGUGGAUCCGGAGGCGCUAAGGGUCUUCCUGGAGGCGAGGAGAUGCCCUCGCAGGCUGACGCACCUGUGUCGCAUCAAGAUCCGCAGAGCGAUGGGUAAAAAUCGCCUCAGCCACAUACACUCGUUACCACUACCACAACCCAUCAAGAACUUCCUGCUUCACCAAAACUGACAACUAUCCACCUUCUCUUCUUUUAUAAAGCUCUUCCAACUCAACCCAACUUGCUCAUUGCUUAUUAUUUUCUGAUAGUAAACGGUUAAUCAUUUUAUUUUUCAAACAAUUUGAAGUUACCAGUCAUGUAAUAGUCUUAUCUUCCUAUUAUUAUAUUAAUUUAUUGAUAUAUUCUUAACUUAUCAGAGAAGCCUUGGUAUGUCCUGAGUGUGUGUGUAUCCUAAGUGUAACAGCCAUUGUGAAAAUGUCACUUGAUGUGAAGCAAAGACUUAAACAUGCCAUGUGCUGAAUGUCCCGUUCAGAGGCAGAGGAACGUUACCCAGAUCCAGCUCCUUGAAAUGCUCAUUUAUCUCUUAAACUAUAUAAUAUAAUAAUAAUAUAUAAGAUUAGUAGCCCUGUAGAUUAGAUUGGAUUUUUGUAUUCUAAUUCUGCUUUCUUUCGAUGCAUUAAGCACUUUAAUUCGUUUUUAUGUGUUUACAUUUGGUGAUAGAUAAUCUUUUUAGCCGUAUACCUUAAUAUUGACUUCUGGAAAAUGGCCAUAAGGAUUGAUCAGACCAGAAAUACUAAAGGUAAAAUUGUAGAUUUUUAAGUAAGAAAAAUGACCAGAAGAUCUAAAUGAGCAAUUUUAAAGACCUGGAUCUUAACUGAAAACACUGCUAGCAGGGUAACAAUUCACACUUUGGGUUUAAUUACUAAUAUACGUGUUACCAUCAUGUA